AUGAAAGGUCUUAAAGGGAUCACCGUUGUGUCUGAAAAAGAUUCAUGGAAUUGCUGCUCGAUAGCUGGUCUAUCAUCGUGUUGUCAGUAUUCCGAGUCACUUUCGGACGAGGGUUCGGAAGAAACUGAUUGCUGCAACGACAACAAUAACAUUUGUUCGUCACAUAUAAACGAAGUACAUUGCUGUGCUCUAGUCGGUCCUUCGAGUACGGAUCCCACAGAAUCAUGCACAGAUAAUUCAAAUGCUCGUAACCACGAUGGUUAUACACCGGUCGAAGCUGUUAAUUUAUGCAAAAAGGAGCAACAUGAAAAUGACAUAUCGAAUACUAACGAAGAGUGCGACGACAAACGCAGUGAUUCGCUGCUUUAUAAAUUUCUGACAGACCCGACGUUUCUCGGUAUGAUACGCAAGGAUACAAAAUUGAGAAGGUACGAGUGUCAGUUUUGCAAACAGGAAUUCGUUAAUAGCGACGAACUGGCCGAUCAUAUGGACGUGAAAAAAGACGCGUCAAAUCAGAUAGUUUGUUGCGCGUGCAACAAAACGUUUGCGUAUAAGCGGUAUCUGAAGUACCAUCAGAAAUGUCACUCCGAGAAGGCUAAAUAUAGUUGUACCAUCUGCAGAAAGAAAUAUACCAGGAUAGACAACUUAACCAGGCACAACACGGUCCACGUGAAUCCCAAUAAAUUCUGGUGCACGAUGUGCAAAAAGACCUUCACGCGGAAAGAUUGCUUGAACAACCAUCUGAAGAGUCACGACGUCGAUGAUCAAUUUUUUUGUAAAAUAUGCCAAAAAGAUUUCGAAGGCCCGUUUACGCUGGACCAUCAUAAGAGAACUGUUCAUUCGACCGCGGAGUCGAAUUCGGAAUCGCAGACAUACGUAGCCUCCGAGGAAAAGUUUAAUUAGAGCAAUUAACACGUUUCCUGUCCACU